AUUGUUCACUAAGUCAGCCACUGACGACAGGGGGCCAUUUUAGGGUCCGUUCUUUUCACCUUUAACUUCCGAUAUCCGCAUACCAUUGUUCUUCACCUUCACACUACUUUCCGUAAUCGUAUAUUACUUCCUUUUGGUUAUAUGAUUUAUAUAUCGUAUCUUAUGGACGCUUCUAUGUCGAAAAUCCAGAAGGGAGUAUGUCUUCUCCGAUGACCCGUAUUAGAAUCGCCAAUGCUUGCGAUACAUGCAAACAACGGAAAGUCAAAUGCGACGGGAAUUUGCCCUGUCGCUACUGCAGUAGUCGGCAGGGUAGUGUGACCUGCCGUUUCUCUCCUGCUGGUCGUCGCCGAGUGAGGAAGUCGCAUUUACCGUCCCCUGAGUCUUCCGCUCCGUCAUCCGUCAGACCUGAUGCAUCUUCCGAUCUACCUCCUCCACCCGUGAUCGGGUCUUCUAGAACACCGUGUGAGAGCGAUGUCCCUCGCCAUAGCGAUGUGUCGGCCGAAGAAGAAGCAGAUGUUCCCCGAGAGGCACGUUUACUAUGCGAUUCCACGGGAAAAUUAACUUUUGUCGGGGACUGUGCACCGCUCUCUCUUUAUCAGACCGUACGCCAAAUUGUGGCGUCCCGAGUAGAUCCGAACGCAUUUACGCCUCGGACAAGCCGAGUUUCGAUGUUAGAGAAUGUUUCUUCCGACCCGUCACUUCCUGGAAAUAACGAAGAGCCGUAUGUGGACACCGCCGAUGUCCAUCGGCUAGUUUCUAUAUUCAUAUCAGUGACAUCUGGACUAGUUGAUUUCUUUGAGAAGACUCAACUAGAGGACAACAUUUCGGUAUGGGCUUCCCAAAAAGAAGGCCCCAGGGAUGCGGUCUCUGCUGUCAAUUACCUCGUCUUAGCUAUUGGUUCUCAAUCACUUGAUGAAGGAUCCGCUGCUCGAUAUUUUCAAUAUGCGAAGACCUUGGCUUUAUCAUGCCUUGGAGGUGACCUAGGAACUGAGACUGUUCAAGCAUUCGCUCUGAUUACUUUAUAUAUGCUUCGAGCAUGCCAAAUUAACGGUGCAUUUCUCUUGUUUGGGAUUGCUGCGCGGGCAGCGUACUCAAUCGGCCUACACCGGACAGAGGUCAAUUCUCGGUUCGGCCCCGAAUUACAUAUCCAAAGGGACCGCCUCUGGAAGAGCUUACGUGUACUCGACUUAUUCCUUAGCAUAUCCAUGGGUAGACCUCCAUCUAUGUCGGAUGUAGAUUGCACGGUGCCUUGUGGAGACGUGGAUGCCGAUGGAAAGGAGAAAUUUAACCUAUUGAAUGCGUCAGUCCAAAUACUAUCGAUCACGGAAGAUAUCGUACUCCAGGUAUACUCCAGAAGAAAAAUCUCACUUCAACUAACUGAGGGGAUUUCGUGUCAACUUCGAGAUUGGUCGCGCAAAUGGCUAUAUCAGCUGAAGCGAACCGUUGACAAAGUGCCAAGGGAAGAAAACAGACCAGAUGCCAUCGGGGCUUGCCAAGUCAUGUCAUGCUAUUAUUAUGCUGUCAUGUUAGUGGCGAGACCAUUUCUCAUGUAUGAGUUAUGUAAACGUCUCCCGGAAAAUACCGCCUCUAUCGACCCGCCAAGUAGUAACAGCGACAAUUCAGGAAGAACAAGACUCGCGAAUGCAUGUGUUGAUGCAGCAAGCUUGAUGGCCGAAUCUGUGUUAGGUCUCGUGGAUCGACAACUUUGGGACGGGCGCAUGCCAUUAAUCGUAUCGUGGCUAUUCGCCUCAUCUUUAGUACUUGGAGUUGGCCUCCUCGGAGGGUUUGGUCGCAUCCUCGAAAAGUACGCUCGUAUGUCUAUUGCUGCGCUAGAAUAUUUCGCGAAAACCGACGCACAUGCUAUGCAGUAUACGCUCAUCGCGAAGUCUUUGCUAUCUAGCGCAUUGGAAUACCUUCGAAGCAGAGACAUAAACGAACGACUUCGAAUCGCGGAAAGUUCGUCUCAGCUAUUCGGGCUCAUACCAAAGGAGCACCCACGCCAGGAUGACGCGUCCACCAAUGUCUCUGAACCGACACUCGCCUCGGACCCCCAAGACACCAACUUACUUCAUAACUCAUUAGCCCAUGAAUCACUUACUUCCCCCUUCCACGAUAUUGACCCUCUCUUGCUAUCAUUAGGGUGUUCGAUUGAUUCUAACUCCGGAAGUUUUUCAAACAAAGAUCAACAAGACCAGGCAGAUCAGGUUUUUGGUGCUCUCAAUCUAUUCCCCCUAUUGGAUGGGAAUGGCCAUAUAGAUCUCGCGCAUUACUUCUAAACCGUGCACCCUACCUUCUGGGAUGGGUUUCUCUAAGAUAUGAGAAAACCAGGGUUGUGUCGAAUCAGGAGCGACCCCAUGAGAUAUUUUCAGCGAGACUGUACAUGAUUACUGUACAUUUGAAUCCCCCUCAGUUUUGACUUUGGGAUGAGGAUACCAUGCAUGAUUAGAAUGCAUCCAUGGUUCUUAAAGGCUCUUUCUGGUGUUGAUCAUCGCCUUGAACAUCUCUGCUUUCAUCUUUAUUUAUGUUACCGGUCUCCACUAGAAGACAUUCGCAAACCCUUUUAUGUUCAAUUAACACCGAAACCACCAUUCAUCAAAUUAAAACUCUGCGUCUGUACUAAAAGAUCUUCCAAUUCUAAUCCGACUUAUAUUGAAUUUUAGAGAAUCGGCAUGAAUAGGAGAUACGAUCUAGACCCCGCUAGUCUAGUCUUUCCUUAAUUCGAUUGCAACCCCUGAAAGAACAGCCAGGCAAGGUAAAGCAUCGACCGGAUGCUUGAUUCCCCACAGAUCGUACCAAA